UCGCCCGAGCACAGGAGUAAAUUAGGCUGCUGUCCCAACAUCAAGACAUAUAUCAAGGCGAGCAUGGCUCCCUCGAGAAUGUAAGUAGAUCAGAGCCGUGAGUCAGGAAGUGCUCCAUUCCUUGCAGCCUACGGAUUCCAAAACAACAUUUACACAAUCGAAUGGGGUCCUAAACCUGAAUGCGAGACUGCUUCUUUCAAAGCAUUACCCAUUCCCAGCAUGUCUCCAAAUCAACCAAGAAUCGCCAUUGUUGGUGCAGGCCCCUCCGGGUUGACGGUCGGCCUCCUCCUACAUAAGCACAAUAUCCCGUUGACAAUCUUCGAACUCCGCUCCAAGCCCACGGAUGAAGACCUGGCAAAACCAGUGGGAAUGCUUGACCUGCACGAAGAGUCCGGACUCGCCGCUUUGAAAGAAUGCGGCUUGUUGGACGAAUUCAGGUCGCAGACGACUGUCUGCACCGAAUUUCAAAUCAUUGCCAACAAGCAGGGCCACAUUAUUCACAAAGACGAAGGAGGAUUUGCAUCUCGUCCAGAAAUCUCGCGGAAUUCAUUGACCAAGCUCUUGCUCGAUCAACUACCCGCCGACACUAUCAAAUGGGAACACAAGCUCACCUCUGCAAGUCUCUUGACCACGACGUCCGGCACCACGGAGGUCGAGCUCGACUUUGGCAAUAAUGGGAAGCACACCUUUGAUCUUGUGGUCGGAUCGGACGGGACGUGGUCCCGCGUACGCAAUCUCUUGACCGAUACGAAGCCCAAGUAUGCUGGUUUUCAAUACCUUAUGCUAGCCAUCCGGGAGGUCACCAAGAGAUAUCCGCAUAUUGCCGAGUACGUCGGUACUGGGAGCUUCACGUCACUGGGUCACCGACAUGGCAUCAUGUCCCAGCGCGCCCUGCAAGACUCGGCGUUGAUCUAUGUUUUCCUUACCACAGGGGACGAGAAUUUUGGAACCACGUCGGGCCUCACUAGCGGAACACCUGCCGAGGCCAAGGAGAGAUUGUUACUCGACGACGACCUUCUGGGCCGAUUCGGUCCGAAGCUGAAAGAGUUGGUGCAAGUUGCCUGUGAUGAAGAAGCGAAUGACAACCCAGGUGCGAAGCUCAUGGUCAGACCCCUGUACAUGCUUCCGUUUGGCCAUAGAUGGGAGCACAAGCCGGGCACCACCGUCAUCGGCGACGCAUCACAUGUGAUGUUACCGUUCGCAGGAGAAGGCGUGAACCUCGCUAUGUGGGACGCCCUCGAUGUGUCACACGCCAUUAUCAAGGCGUUUGAGACAGCGCGGCAGAAUGCCAAUUCUUUCCAGAAGGCCCUGGAUCCCUUGAUGAAGGAGUUCGAAUCGAACAUGGCAGAACGAGCGCGAGAAAAGGCAGAGGAGUCUUAUAAAAAUAGUCAACUCUUGAUGGGAAGUGAUGAUGGCGCCACGGCUAUGGCUGAAUGGAUGAAAGCAGCCAUCGAGCACGCGGCCAAUGCAAACGGUCGUACCGGGUGAAUGGUUGGUCCUAGGCGCAACUGGCGUCAAUGUGGCUAUGGUGUUCUCGGUUGGGUAGACGUGAAGAAAAUGAUGACACGGAUUCGGAAACGAACGUGGGACGGUGGAAUCGCUGGAUAGUCCGAACCGAACAACCACGAUGGCAUAUAGAUGUAAUACUAGUAGAACGACC